AUGGAGCGCAGUUACGCCUCUCCCAGUGACAAUUCGUCUGCCGAGGAGGAGGACCCCGACUGCGAGGAGGAGCAGUGCUCUCUGAGCUCAGCAAGCGACUCAGGAGGCUGCAAGAGAAAGAGGCCCCGGGUGGCUGGGAGUGGCGGCACAGGUGGCAGUGCAGGCGGCUGUGGCAAAAAGCCACUCCCGGCCAAGGGAUCGGCCGCAGAGUGCAAGCAGUCGCAGCGGAACGCAGCCAACGCCCGAGAGCGCGCUCGGAUGCGUGUGCUGAGCAAAGCCUUCUCCAGGCUGAAGACUAGCCUGCCCUGGGUACCCCCUGACACCAAGCUCUCCAAACUGGACACCCUGCGACUCGCUUCCAGUUACAUCGCACACCUGCGGCAGUUGCUGCAGGAAGAUCGCUAUGAAAACGGCUACGUGCACCCGGUGAACCUGACGUGGCCAUUCGUGGUCUCGGGACGACCUGACUCUGACACGAAAGAAGUUUCCGCAGCCAGCAGAUUAUGUGGAACCACUGCUUAGAGAGGACUGGAACUCACUUGAUGGGAUUAUUUGUUAAGCGCAAGUGUUUUGGAGCCGCGGAAAGACGGGAGAGAGUGAGAGGACACUAGAGAAUGGGCACAAGGUCCCAUAGGAUUUUCCUGGAC